AUUUACAGUGUAUAGGGUUGUUCCUGUACUGGCUGCAUCCCUGACCAGAGGUCCCUGAACACAGCUGUGACAGGAUUUAUAGUGCUGCAGCUGUGUUCCCCUGGCAGCUGGCAAUCCCUGUUGAACUGGAAGAUGAAGGAACUGGGCAGGAACUUCCCUGCCUUGGCUCCCUGACAGGGCAUCCCAAUUAAAUUCACCUUAAGAAUGACAAGGAAGAUCUUCACCAACACCAGGGAGAGGUGGAGGCAGCAAAAUGUCAACAGUGCCUUUGCCAAGCUGAGGAAGCUCAUUCCCACCCAUCCACCAGACAAAAAACUGAGCAAGAACGAGACACUCCGGUUGGCCAUGAGAUACAUCAACUUCCUCGUCAAGGUCCUGGGAGAGCCAGGCCUGCAGCAGACAGCAGUGGCAGCUCGGGGCAGCAUCCUGGGAUUCUUCCAGCAAGCUCCACACUUGCAGAGCAUGGAAAAGCUGACACUGAUUGAAAACUGUGGUGUCUCCUGUCCCAGCAUGAGCAGCAAUAUCGUAGAGUGUUGGUCAGAGGCGUCAUGUCCCUAGCAGACAAUGAGAUAAGCAGUCUCAGUGUUAGUGUGAUAGUCCCUCCCUCCUGGCAGAAUCUGUGGAUUGCUCUUCUGUGUACUGUGAUUAUUUAUUUAUAUUUAUUGCUAUUUAAUUUGCGUUUUUAUUUAAUAGGAUAGGAAAUCCUUGGUCGUGCAAAAUCCUGGAAGUCCAAACGGAGAACUUGUGGUCUCUGGGAGCUUGGAAGGAUUUGGUGCUGUCAUGGCAGAGUCCAAGCCAGAAGAGUCUUCUGCCCAGAUCUCCUCAUAACUCAGGGCAUAGAAAUUCCUUUAGUGUUUCUGACAGGGAAAGAGAUUAUUCUCCCAUGCUAUUUCAAGGAAACACUAUUGAGAUGAAGAAUUAUGACAGCAUAAUUCUUAAGACACAAAAUUUGUCCACAACAGACAUCUGGCCUCGGUAGUGAAAUAUUUUGAGAAAUGUGAUAUUUGACAUAGUCCUCCAUGAGUUGUUCUAGGGGCUAAUUGCACUCACUCUUGAACAUGUGAAUCUUAUUUCUAGCUUGAUUCUUUUAUUUUUAAAUUUAAAUCCUAGCCCUUGAACCUGGCUAUAUGUUUCUUCAUCAGGCUGGAGGGAUCCCUUAUGUCAGAGAAAAGCACAUUAAAGAAAAUUAAAUGUUAGGUUAAAGCAAAAAGUGCCAAUUUAAAAUGACAAAAUACACAGUCAUAGAUGACUUUCAGUGGGUUCAAUAGGCAAAGUAAAUCUCCUCCAAAGCAGCAACAGUGAGCAGUGAAGAAAGAUAGUCAGCUAUGCCCCAACUGUCUUAAAAGCCCAUCAAAGAGGUUGGUGACUCAAUGCCUCUGUUCUUCUGUAGGAAUUGUAGCAAUGGGGGAGGUUCUCUUUGGGAGGGAGGUCCCAGGACAGAGGCCUCAGUGAUGCACUGUGAAAACCUUUGUGGACACAA